AUGGAGAAAUUCAGAAGUAUUUUUCUUUUGUGCUUUGGCUUCCUUCUAGUCCAUGUAAGAGGUCAAGGCGAUUUUGAUUUAGCUGAUGCCCUUGAUCACCCAGAUGACAUAAUUACAAGGAAGCCUACAGUGAUCAGAAGACCCACAAGGCCUGUGCUGAACAAUGAUCUACACUUAGGAGAUGCUCUUGGUGGGGGUGACAUCUCAAGAAAACCUUUAUACCCACCUCUUCCACCACGACCAGGAAGUUAUAGUAAUUCUGGAGGUUUUGAUGACUCAGAUCUCCUUGAUGGGAAGCCUUUACCACCGGUCAUAACAGGAGAAGAGGAGCAUCAUUUCAAUCAUGGAGGAAACACAGAUUCAGGAUUAAUAGCUGGAGUUACAUCACCUGUAAUUUCUGCCUUUGUAAUAUUGGUUGUUGGAUCGAUAGCAGCCUACUCUGCUUACAAGAAUAAGAGACUUUGUUUCAAACCACGUGGUGGGGCUGCAGUGUAAACCACUGAAGGAAGAGUUGCCCUCUGAUCACAGGCUCCUUUGGUUGGUGACAUUCUACUGUGCUGUUCUGACAAAAAAAAAAUAUCUUCUUCUAAUGAAUGUUUUGUCGAGAGUGCUCUCUCUAACUUGAUGUCACUUUUGUGCCUUGAGCUUCAUGUCAUCAAAGAUAUGCUUAAAACAUCCAGGGAUUGUAUUGCACUAUCUGAUGUGCAUUUAUAAAUGUUGGAUAUGGAUUUUGACUCAGAAAUUAUUUUAAAUAAUAAAGAAAUCAAGUACAUUAUAAGCUAAAAAUGGAAAGUUUUGGGUUUGUCAGCAUUUGAGUCAUCAAACAAAUUUCUUUUUCUCUUUUCAA